CUUAUCCCUUCGGGUUUUACUCAAAAACACAUGUAAUGCUCCUUUACGAUAUGGCCUUGAGUCGUUACGUCAGGUUGUCGAUAAGCGUUACGUCAGAGGGAACAGCGAAAGAACAAAAUGGAGGAAUAUGCCAGAGAACCAUGCCCUUGGAGGAUUGUGGACGACUGUGGGGGAGCCUUCACCAUGGGGGCUAUUGGAGGAGGAAUAUUCCAGGCAGUAAAAGGUUUCAGAAAUGCACCCUCAGGGAUGAGCCACAGAAUGAAAGGUAGUUUGACUGCCAUCAAGACCAGAGCUCCACAGCUUGGAGGAAGCUUUGCAGUAUGGGGAGGCCUCUUCUCCACAAUUGACUGUGGUUUAGUAAAGGUACGAGGGAAGGAGGAUCCCUGGAACUCAAUUACUAGUGGGGCCAUGACAGGAGCUAUUCUUGCUGCAAGAAAUGGACCAGUGGCUAUGGUAGGCUCUGCAGCCAUGGGUGGUAUUCUGCUGGCGUUGAUAGAGGGCGCUGGAAUCCUGCUUACUAGGUUUGCCUCUUCACAGUUUCCAACUGGACCCCAGUUUGCAGAGGAACCGGCCCCAGCUGCCAUGCCCUCCCCUUCCUUUGGUGACUACAGACAAUAUCAGUGAGGACUCCUUACUUCUUAUCCAUUAGGCCUUUUUAAAUUCCUUGCUGAAGUUACAAAGAAGAAAUGGAGAUGCAGUUUACCACAUGUCAAACAAUAGCAUCUGCACCCAACUUUAAUGGACUUUGUCAGAGAAGUGAAGGACAAAACACAUCUUCAUUUUCUUUCUUUCAAGAGCUAUGUACAGAUCUGCCUUUUUUCCAUUCUCAGCCUUGUCAUGUGCAUCUGUUUCACCUAACAUUGGUUAAACACAGACAUGGGGUGGGGUUUGUUGUUUGAUGUUCGAGAGCUUGUCAGGAGUGUUCUGUUUUGUUCAUACACAGUAUGUAGACCUGCUGCACGUAGCCAACAAAUGGGAGACCAAGACUGACAAGCUUUGAAUGAUGUUGAAUUUUGCAAAAACAUGUCACAUAUGGAACAUAAUGAAUUAUAUUUAAGUAUGGUCUACUCAUGUAUAUACAGUAAAGGCUUUUCAUCUCUUUUCACUUAUGUUAGUCUUUAUUGCCUUAAAUAUGUCACCUGCUUGGGCUGGCCACUGACCUCUGGCUGGCUUUUAUUUGAUUUUUUUUUUCAGGGUUACAGAGGCAAACAUUCAUCAGAUACAAUGCUGUUCCUGGCAUACUAGUUUGUUUUAAAGUGAUUUAUUUAUUUUAGAUUGUAAAGAAAUUGUACUAGGUUGUUCUAUUUUAUGUGACAGUGAUUUUACAUUCAACACAAAGGAGUGGAAAAGACAGCUAAUGACCAAGGAUGGCACAGGCAGUACAAAUGAAUGGGAAAAACUCUAGCAAGGGAUUGCUGCAUACUGUAUUAAAUCUGUAUGACAGAUUGUACAAUAAAGAGAUACAUUGUAA